AUGGUUGUAACGAGCGAUACGGCAGCUGACACGCUGGCCAUGCUGGAAGAGCGCCUGGCGAGGAUCGACUUCCUGGUCAGUGGCAGCGGCACAGAAGCCGCUCAAUCGCCGGGUAACGCGAGCAAGCGUCUACGUGCCCUUGAACGCACUUUACAGACGCUGGCCGCCAAGUCUCGCCCGAUAACAGACCUUUUGCAGUUACAGCGGCAAUAUCCUGAACUGUUCAGCCCGUCCUCUGCUCAUCCAGCACCCAGUACUCUUCCGCCAGCAGCCCUGGCCCAGUUGGUCCUUGCACACGAACAGAUGUACAAAAAGGCCGCGUCGCAGCUCUCGAUCCUCAACGAGAACAAGGAUGUACACGAUCCGUCGCAAUUGACGAAACUGAUUGCCAUGCGAUCACGGACGGGAAAGCUAGAGGCGAAGCAGAAGGAGCAGGCAAAAGAAUUCGCUGAGCUGAGGGCAAGAAGUGCGAAGAUUGUAGAACAGUGGUACGAGAGCGGCGUGCUGGACAUGGGAGAGAAGUGGGCAGACUGGGAAGAGAGGCUAAGAGAUUGCGAGAUAUUGGUGAGGCGGAACGAAGCAGCCAAGAAACGCGAGGAAGGAAUGCUAUGA